AUGCCUGAGGAGAACACGGUGAGCGAUGAUCUGAAACGACAGGCGGCUAUGUUCUAUAACUCCACGGAAAGAGAAAAGGUGCGAGAGCCGACGUCAUGGCGCUUCUGGCGGAAGAGGAGGCUCCUGGUGGCUCUGCUGGCGUUCUUCGGGUUCUUCAACGUGUACGCGCUCCGCGUGAACCUGUCCGUAGCCGUGGUGGCCAUGACGGAGCCCGUCGCGACGGAACUGGCGAACGGGACCGUUGUUUACAUACCCGAGUUCGACUGGAGCUCGCAGACCAAAGGGCUAGUGUUGAGCUCAUUCUUCUAUGGGUACAUAGUGACGCAGCUACCGGGCGGAUGGCUGGCCGCUAAAAUAGGAGGUAACAGGGUGUUCGCGAUCGGUAUUGGCGCAACAUCCCUGCUGACCCUGUUUACACCACCGCUGGCCCACACCAGUACCGCGCUCCUUAUAGCCGUCAGGAUCGUCGAAGGUCUUUUCGAGGGCGUGACUUACCCGUGCAUACACGCCGUGUGGUCCCGCUGGGCGCCCAGCGAGGAAAGGGCGCGCCUAGCGACGUUCGCCUUCAGCGGAAGCUACGCCGGUACAGUCGUCUCGAUGCCGAUCUGCUCCCUACUCGCCCACUACACCGGCUGGCCGGGGAUAUUCUACGUGUUCGGCAUCUUGGGACUGGUGUGGACGACGAUUUGGUGGCUGGUGGUGAAGGAGUCGCCAGAGAAAGAUCCUCACAUCACAGCGGCGGAACUGAAGUAUAUACAGGAUUCCAGGGGCACCCAGGCGGUGGAGGGGUCCAGGAUUAGGCACCCUUGGUGCGCGAUGCUGAGGUCCGGCCCCGUGUGGGCGAUCGUGAUGGCCCACUUCAGCGAGAACUGGGGCUUUUACACCUUACUCACCUUCCUGCCGACGUUCAUGCAAGACGUGUUCAAAUUCGAGACUUCGCAAACGGGCUGGCUGUCGGCCGUGCCGUAUCUGGCGAUGGCGGUGGUGCUGCAAUUCGCUGGCCACCUCGCUGACUGGAUGCUGAGGCGCGGCACGUUGUCCAGGACCAACAUACGAAAGCUGUUCAACUGCGGCGCGUUCCUGGCGCAGACGAUCUUCAUGGUGGCCGCCGCGUACUCUAGCACAGUGGUGGGGUGCAUCGUGUGUCUCACGAUCGCAGUAGGCCUCGGCGGGUUCGCUUGGUCCGGCUUCAGCGUGAACCAUUUGGACAUAGCGCCGCCCCACGCCAGCGUGCUGAUGGGCCUCUCUAACACGGUGGCCACUCUGCCGGGCAUCAUCAGCCCGCCGCUCGCCGGCUCCAUCGUCACAGACAAGAGCGCGGGGCAAUGGCGCAAGGUGUUCUUCAUAUCGAGCGCCAUCUACCUGCUCGGCGCCAUAGUGUACGGCUGGCUGUGCUCCGCCGAGCGGCAGCCCUGGGUCGCCGAGGCGGACGGCGACGCGAGCUUCGACACGGACGGCGCCUCCGUCACCACCGCCAGGGGCUGCGACAACAAGGCGAUGGAGCACAGCGAGAUG